AUGGAUACUCCCUCUGUUUCUCCUCUCAGUACCACUUCGAGGACCGCUAUUCCUUCCACCAUCGAUCCCAUACCGCUAGAACUCCAACCGACCGAACAACCCGAUCAAGUUGAUCAUGUCGACCAAAGUGACGGUUCGAGCAGUCUGAGCGACUAUGACGCCGAAUUCGACGACCAAGACCAGAGAGACAACAACGACCGUGAUUCAGAAGCAGAAACCGAACGCCUUGAACGGUCUCCUGUAAAGUCAUGGAUUCCCUCUCCGACAAAAUUGAAUCAGGCCGAAGUUCGCUCUGAACCUGCCUCAUCGCCAGAACCUCAACCACAGUCGCCCUCACCUUCACAAGCUCGCCUAGCCUCUCCUACAGCCAUCGCAGGCAGAAAGCGUAAAAGACCGAGUCCGAUUAGCGACGCCGACAGCCCUCUCUCUGAGCACUCUGACUCUGAGGAAGCCCUUGCUCUCAGUCACAGCAAUCAUGUCGAACAACUCCCCGAGAGUCGACAAGAGACACCAGAGCCUACUGACGAAGCUGACGAGAAUCCUUACAUCUCACCAAUGAAGGCUGCUCGUCUGAAAAGAGCCAAACAAAAAACAAAACCUUUACGCGACACUUCUCCAGCCGCUGAAACCGUCGGACAAGAGCUCGAAGAUGAUGAGGCUGACGAGACAAAUGAUGGCGACGACGAGACGAGAAAGCGCGCCACUGAAGCUUUCACAGCCAUCGUCGAGCAGUUCCAAACAUUCCGCGCCAAAAUGCACAAUGAACGUUUGGCUUCAGCAGAAGCCGAAUUGGAGCAACUCAGUCUGCCGAAUGCAACUCAUCCCGAUUUUCUUGCUAUGCUGCAAUGCAUUACGGCUCGACGCGACACCAAGAUCCAACAAGAGAUUACGCUACAUCGUUAUAAGCUCGGCACUCUUCGAACCCAGGUGCUUGCUGAGCGUGCCCAACUGCAUACCCAAUAUUUCCAGGAAGCAAGAGAGCUGCGCGAUUCACUAUUGGAGCAGCUAGGAAAGCAAUGGUACGACAUCCAAAAAGAACGUCGCCAAUUCCAGGCCGAUCAACAAGAUCAGUACUCGUACAAGUUUCCUACAAAGCGCUCCGACCAAGUGCGCAACCAGGAGAAGUACAAUCGCGAGGUAUCAAUCUUGUCUGGUAUGGCCAAAUACCGAGGUUUCCCUGCUGCACCAGAUAUUCAAGGCGCACGGACGAACGAGCUCGACGAUGACUUCAAGGCCAUGCACAUCCCACGUAGGCAAACAUUGCCUCAACAGCAAGGCCCCGCUUACCAGAAUUCUGUGCAUAUGCAUUCGGCUCCUGCAUCUGUACGUACUGCCGAGGAAAGAUUCAUAGAACAGACUCCAUGGGCCAAUCCUCAGCAUCCUUUGCAUCACCAAUCACGAACUCCUGGUCCAUUCGGCACCUACGGUAUGCAUCUUCAAUCGAAUCUGAUACGUCAAAGCUCCGCACCUGGCCAGCGCACUGCUUCUCCAUUCACCACCCCCCUACCUAACCCCGCUAAGCGCGCCGAUUACCCACAAAAUGGUCUUGGCUCAAACGACACCAUUGGCAUACCUAGCGACCCUCCUUCAAGUGCGGUACCCCAGACUGGAGAACGUUUUGCACAAGGUCCACCUGGUGACGUCUCACCAACUGAUCAGCUCAAAGUACGCUCUGCGCUGGGCAACCCACUGAGCAACCGUGGGGACAGACGAGACUUCUCGGGCUUGUCUAGUGCUUCGACUAUCGAGACACCCAGUGAUCCAGCCGAGGUAGAUCGCCAUGGUGCACCAUCACAUACAAGCGCGGCACCAAAUGGCUUGCCUUUAGGACUCCCUGUCGAACACUCCGCUCCUCAGCAGGCUUUCGUCACGAGCGCGUUGCAUGCGCAGAAUGGAAAGCCAGAAGAUCGUAAGCCAGAGCUUUAUGAGAACAUCAACUACAGAAGGCCACAGAUGGGCGCAUUUGGCACGCCAAUGCCUCUGUUUGGGACCAAUUCUUCUGCACACCAAGAUGGUCAGAAAGCGUCAUAA